GCGCGCCGCUGGUACUCUGAAGCUUGAGGCCCGGCGCUUGUGUGUCAGUUGGCGAGCGGUAAUGGCGCCGGGUUGUGGGCGGUUUUGCCGUUAAAACGACUUUGGGAGGGGGGGCGCUUCGCCGCAGCGCUCAAUCCCGAAGAUUUGCGGGAUGAGCCAACGACCUCGGUCGCCGCCAGGAAGGAGGAGGAAGGAAUGGAAGCGGCGUUAGAGCAGGUGAAGUAAUAGAAUGUGGAGCAACAAAGCAAAUGAGUUUCCCUUACACAAUCCAAAGUUCCCCCAAAACAGGAAUUCCACCAGAGAUUUAACAACAGAAUGGGAUGCUUUUUCACAAACAAAGACAGCAUUGCAGCAUAUUGAGAACAAAUUGGAAGUAGCUCCUAUUAGCAUAGCCGGAUUGGAUUCUGUCAUGGAAAAAAAGCCAUCAAUUAGUACUACCAGGAAAAUAAGCAGGAAAGAAUGCAGGUCUUCCAGUCAAAACAAGGAAAGUUGUUUCCGCAAGCCUCUUCGUGUUACCACUUUGGAUAGCAAUGUGAGUAAAAAUGGACAUGUUGAAUUUCGUCAGCCCCUGGCUUCUUUCAGAGAUUCUCAGUGGUCACCAUCUUGCAAACCCUCUUGCCAAUUGGAGGCCAAACGUCUGAAGUAUAAAGAAGCAGGGAAUAAAGCAGAAGGAAUUGGUAUGAUCUAUGAUAAAGGAGAACCAGAUUUGCAUGGCAGAGAUUUGAAAAGCUCAUCUUCUACAGAUGAAACUGUUGUUCGCUAUUUGAAUGACCAUCCAGCAAUUAAUGCUUUGCAAAGUUCAGAUGUGAUGAAUCCUACAAAAUUAGAAGAAGAAAAAAGUGAAGAAUCCAGAGGAGAUGAGUAUACAAAAAUAUCUCCAAGUUCAAUAAUCCAAAAUGAACUAAAAGAAUUACAAUUGGUAGAAUCUUCUACUUCUUCUGCCAGUACCUCAAGUGCCCAUAGAUUAGAUAUUUUAAAGCAGCAUCAGCAUGAUGAUAAACUGGAAAAACUGAAAGAACGAAUUAGAAAGCAAUGGGAGUGUCCAGAAGAACUGACUACCAGAGGACAUGAUCCUGAGUAUUCUGAUCAUCCUAUAACUGUUGCAGCUCCUGAAAAUAUAGUGACUCCUAAAGUCAGAAAAGUGGCAACAGCACCAAUGGCUCCCUCCUAUAAAGGUUUCAAUCCAUCAGAAGCCAAGAUUCGUACUCCUGAUGGAAAGGUAUGGUGUGAAGAGGAAUUUCUGAACCUCAGUAGAGAGUUAUGUCGAGAUUUAGAAUUCCAGUUGGCAGAAGAGGAUUUACCUGCAAUAAAGAUACCUACUGAAAGAAAAGAGAAAAAAGGACACAAACCAGUGCGGAAAACCCAGAAGAUUGCACAACUCUCAAGUCCUUAUUUUAAAUCAGAUGGUGCCAACACAAUAAGUACAACAUCCUGGCGGGAUGGACAAAAACUAGCAAAGAAAAUACUGGGUCCAGUGCCUAAACUAGAGCAGCCAAACACUCAGAUAUUGUCUAGUGACAGGAGUGAAAAAGAUAAAUCUAUUAAAUCUGUAUCCUCAGCUCAAAUAACAGAAACCGACUGCAAUAUGCCCGUGGUUGUAAAAUCCCUCACAAAAUGUCCUGAGCGUUCAUGGAGCAAAAUAAGAGCAAAGAAUAACCUGAAGAAAAAAGAUGCUGCUCCUCACAAUGGGGGACUAGGAAAUGAUCGUGUAAAUAAGGAUUUCUUGCCAGUAGAAAUCCGUGGGAUUCUUGAUGAUCUUCAGCUGGAUUCUGUAGUUCAGGAUUCAGAGAGGAGGAAUGAAGAAUGUCAGAAUCAGGAAUCGGAACCAUCUCCCUUUUCUGUAAGUCACAGUCCAAGCAAAAAAAAAUCAGACAAAGUUCCCAUCAGUGAAGACACUCAAUUUAUCUUAAAGAAACGCCACUAUGAUGCAGAUGAAGUGCGCCAGUAUAUUUUGAGACAGCAAGAGGAAAGGAAGAAGAGACAAAGUGAAGAAAAGAAAGCACAAAAAGAGGCAACAGAGCAAAAAAAUAAAAGACUCAAGGAACUUUACAAGAAACAAAAAGAAGCUGUUGCCAGUAAAACAAAGAUAACAUCAACAUCUGAAACGGUCACUAAACAGUUACAAGAAACUUAUUCUAAAUUGUUCUUGGAACAAACAUUGCUGGAGAAUCCAGCACUCUCUGUGCAAGAAGUUCAGUCCAAACCUGGAUAUCAACCAUCUGGAGAAUCUGAUAAAGAGAACAAGGCUCAGGAGCGUCCUGUUAGUGCAUCAUCCAGUAGCGAUAUGUCUCUGUCUGAGCCUCCUCAUCCUCUUGUAAGGGAUAAUACACUGGAGCCUUUAAGGAUUCAUCCAGAGAAGCUGAAUUCAGUAGCACAGGUUCCUUGCUCAAAAUCUGUUUUGAAUGGAGCUCUUUUCUCUCAGCUUUUAUCUUUGGAUAACAUGGGUAUCUUGCAAAAGGAUUUUGAAUCCGUAACAUCAAGCAGGAGGAGCCAUAACACAGCUAUGGGAUCCAUGUCUUCGACUCCUCAGCCAUUUAUGUCAUCUACUGUACAACCCACCAUUAAUCAUUAUAAACAUAAAUUAGACCGCAUUGAAGCCCUAAAGGCAACUGCAGCUUCUCUUUCAAACAGAAUCGAAAGUGAAGCCAAAAAGUUAGCUGGGGCUGGCAUUAACUAUGAAGCAGCAUGGGAUACCGAACGUGACUUGUUGCAAAGAGAUCAAGGUGAUACCUGCUGGGCAAAAGCCAGCAGCCCUCCUGUGAGAGAAGAUGAUGUCUUUUCAGCUAGGCUUCAGAAAAUGUUGGCAACCUGCAACUCACAUACAACUUUUGAUGAUAACCUUCCCGGAGUGGGAAAUCUUAAUGAGUUUAAAAAGCUUCCAGAGAUGAUUAGUCCUCAUACAGGUGCUCUCGGUCUUCCAGGCAAUAAUACAUCUGAAGGAAUAUUAGGAAACCUGUCUCAAAAGCAAGCAUGCCCUGCUGGGCCUGAAAACAAACCUGCAGUUCUGAAUGAUAGUGGGAGUUCCUUAAGUGAAGGUCUACUCAGCACUGGCUUUCUCUCUGAGGAAGAAGGUGAAAAAUCUAAUAAUCCAUCUUUGAAGAUUGCUGAGGCGUUAAAUGAAAAAGAGUUCUGUGUUGCAGAUAAAACUGGUUUUGAACCCAUAAAAGAAUUUCAAAAGGAGGCAGAAAAUUAUUUACCUAUUUUCACACAGAUUAGGAAUGGUCCAAAACCAUGGGAAGAACUUGUCAAGGGAAGUCCGCAUAGCGUCAUCAAUAUCUUUACAAAAUCGUAUCAGUUGUGUGGGAAAGAAUCUGAAGAACAUGCAGGGCAGGGAUCAUCAACACAUCGACCUUUACUUCCUGCCAUGAGCCCUCCAGAUAGUAUUGCUUCCUAUGAGGAUGAGUUCAUCUCAUCACAAGGAAGUGGUACAUCAAUGGACAAAAAGUCUACACCUGAGCACAGCGGCACAAGUAGUACCAGCCUGAAAGGAGAGCUUGCCAGUAAAAAAUUGCCUUAUGGACACCAAACUAUGGAAUUAACCCAUCAUUCCUCAAGAUCGCCAUCUUCAGGUUCUUCUCGUGCAUCCACAUCUUCUAAAAGAAGAGGAAGAAAAGAAAAGACAGAAUCAUUAAAUGGAUUUCCAAAUGCCUCUCUCCGGGAAGAAAGCAAAGUAUCCCCAGGAACAGACUAUGGUUUGGAACAAGCAAAGCACUUACUAUCUAGUAACACAGUGUCCAGCAGAGAACAAGAAGUGAACCCAGAUUCUGACAAUAGUUUAGAGGAAUUAUCUGGUCACUCAUUAAUGAGUCUCCCAGAUAAAGUUAGAUCACCAAGAACGAUAAGCUCUGCUCAGUCUCCAAAUAUACAGAAAAAAAUGGAUCCUGUAGGAAAUACAGCAGAAAAACAUAGAUCUUUAAAUUGUCCCAGAAACAUAGCUUCGGGAUCUAUGCUAAAUCCUGCCUUCUCUGACUUAAAUAUUGGAAACAACAGGACUGGAACCAAUAUUCCGAACGGUUCCAUGCGCUUCUCACCUGCUGGUCUCCAGCAUCGUAUGUCUGCAGAACUUAACUACCUAAGCACUAUUGAAGAGUCGGUACAUCAAAUCUCUGAUAUAGAACGUGUGCGAGGAAUAUCACUUGCACAGCAGGAAAGUGUUUCUCUGGCUCUAAUAUUAAAGUCCCAGCAGCAGAGGCAUGAGAGGGACUUGACCCUUCUAAAGCUCAAGGCAGAGCAAGAGUUGUUGGAAAAUCAAAGGAAUCUGGAAGAGGCAAAACAAAAAGCAGCUCAGGCCCAUGCUGAAUCAUUACAUCACUUGGCACAUUCACAUCAGGAGGCAGCUGAGACUCUACAGGAGACUACAUCUAAGAUUGCAACUCAUCAGCUGGAGACAGCCAUGUUGACUGCAGAUGCUGCUCGUCAGAUACGUGAAAUGACAGAACUUGCACGUUUCCAGAUCUCUGAUGCAGUUGGUAAUACUGCAGCUCCAGUUGCUACAUUAUUUGACCAAGAACAGAAGCACAAUUCAGCAUUCAUAAAGCAAUUAAAGCUUCGCAAUAUGAACAGAAAAGCAGAUUCAGUCACUACCCCACCAGGUAAAGAGGAGACAAAUGACUCAAAACAUCAUGAUUUGCAUGCAUUUGAUAGCUAUUCAGAAUCAUCAAGAUCAAAGGCACAUUAUCAGAGUAGUAGCAGCAGUCGGCAGGAAAGUCCAUCUUCAAAGGAAGCCAAGAAACUUUCUCAUCAUGAAAAACCAAGCAGCUCCAUUGAGGAGGAAGCUCCUACAGCAAUGAAUGAUUCAUUGCAGAAUAACAGUAUCCCAUCCGUUCCUGAUGAGAGAGAUUCUACCUCUAUUGCCACAGAAUAUUCCCUAAAAUUUGAUGAGUCUAUGACAGAAGAUGAGAUUGAAGAGCAAUCAUUUCGGUCUUUGUUGCCUUCUGAGAGCCACCGCCGGAUCAAUCUGAAGAAACGAAGUCACCAAGUUUAUUCUGAUGAGGAAGCUUCUCCUGAAAAGCCUACCCUGUCACCUAUUAAGGAGCUAAAUCUGCCAUUUUCAGGAGGACAAGACAGUUUUUCUAAAUUUACAAUGGAAAUGGUACGGCAGUACAUGAGAGAAGAAGAAAUGCGAGCAGCUCACCAGUCCUCACUGCUCCGAUUACGUGAAAAGGCACUUAAAGAGAAGACUAAGGCUGAACUAGCUUGGCUAGAACACCAGAAAAGACAUUUACGAGAUAAAGGGGAAGAUGAUAAAAUGCCACCUAUCCGGAAAAAACAACGUGGCCUACUUCUUAAACUUCAGCAGGAGAAGGCAGAAAUUAAGCGCCUUCAGGAAGCUAGUAAGGCAGCUCGGAAAGAAAGGCAACUGAUUCUUAAACAGCAGGAAGAAAUUGAGCGGAUACGCCAAACCACUAUGAAAUUGCAGGAAAAACUCAAAUCUUCAGGAGAAAACAAGGAACACCGCAGUGAAGAUGAUAAAAAACAAACACAUUCCUCAAGCCCUCAGCCAACUGAUGCAGAGGCCUAUAGCCCUUCCUCCAUUUCCAGCUCUGACACAAGUAGUAUCAUGCAGAAAUUAAAGAAAAUGAGGAGACGUAUGGAUGAGAAACACUGCUCUCCUGUUCACUACUUCUUCUCUGUCUUUACGUCUCACCACUGGGCUUCUCUCAGUGUCUGUUUUCCCAACCUCCAUCCCAAAUUCCAGCUGUAUAUCUACAACCAAUUGGUCAGGUUCUUGACCAAGCGAGAGCAAAAACUGAUGCAGCGGCGUCAACAUGCAGAGGAGCUGCUGCAGUGGAAGCAACGUUUAGAUGCAGAAGAAGCAGAGAUACGUCAGAUAGAAAAACAAGCGCUAGCUGCUUGGGAAAAAGAGCUGCAUAAAACCAAAGCAAAUAAAAAAGGAGCAGGAGAUCAGAAAUCUGAUCAAAAAGAGACAGCCAGUGAAGAAGACUCUUCAAUGCCACCUUGUUCUCGUCUAAAUAGCGAAAGCUCGAUCCCAGAAUUGAGCAAUCUAGUUGUUGAGUCGGCUCCAUCAAAGGUUUCUGAGAUUCAAGGCAAGCCUGGAAGCCUAGAUCACACACUAACUGAAGAAAUAGUUUAUACACAAGAACUGGAAUCUGCUGUUUCUCCUGGAAAACCGUCUCCUUGCAAAAGCAGUGGAUCUCUAUCAAAGCAAGAAUCAAACAAACAAACACAGAAGUCUGGAGGUAAACAACUGUCAUCUACAAAAUCUCAGGAUAUCUCAUGUAGUUGGUCUGAUGAGUCUUUAUCCAUGACACAAUCAGAAACUACAUCUGAUCAAAGUGACAUUGAAAGCCGAAUCUGGGCUCUGAAAGAUGAAGUACGGAAAAAAAAAUCUGUUGUUUAUAGGUUGAAAAAAGAACAGAAGAAGAGGCUCAAAGAGAAACUUAAGGCUCAAGAGGCAAGUUUGAUCAAGCAGUUAGAGACUUAUGAUGAAUUCAUCAAGAAAACAGAAGAAGAAUUGAAUCGGGAUUUGGAGACAACCCCAACAGCUAAACCUCAAAUCAAAACUCCAUCCACAGCUACUGAGAAACCAAAGAUCAAACCCCCACCACUCCAUAGGUCUGAAACAUCUAAAAGUUGGAAAUCACUCACUGAUUCUGAACGUUCUAGAGGAUCUUUGGAAUCUAUUGCGGAACAUAUUGAUGUUGUGCCAUCUUCCGAACAAUCUGUGUCUGUAAACACCAUGAAAUUCACAGAAGCAGAGAUUCAGUCAGAGAAGCAAUCUCAUACGGCAUCUGCAGUCCUUAAAACCCUAAGAAAAUCUACAGCAGAAUCUGAUGAUUUGGAUAGUUUACUCUCGUCAGCUAUUCUCAAAGACUUAGGAAACACAAGCAAAAUAUCUCCCACAUCACUGAAUAAGACUGAAGAUGCAGUGAGUUAUGACCCUCAAGCUACCAGAUCUAUAGUACAAGAGACAGCAGAAUCAAAAGAAUUAGAGGUUGAAAUAGCUUCCCAAGUUUCUGAAAUAUCUGAUGCCUCAGUUUUUGACUUAAAUCAAAACAAUUCAGUUUCUUUAAAGACAGAGGUCCCUCCAGAGACUGAGCUGUCGGAAAAGGAUCAGUUUGUCUUGGAAUGCAUAAGUGUGCAGGAAAUCAAGGAAAUGCCAAGUAAAAGGUUCAAGGUUGAUGAAAGUAUUACAUCAGUUAAAUCCUCUGAUAGGCUGGGGAAAGAUACACUGAAAGGUGAUUCCCUGAUUUCAGAAAAGAUUUCCAUUUGCGAAGAGCCAUCAUAUUCUAAUGAUUUUGAAGAGUCUUUCUUAAGAACAGAUGUAUCAAAAAGUGAGAUAGUUCUUACUGAAUAUCAGAGAGAUACUUUUUAUGCUUCUACAUUAUCUUUCAAACAAGAUACAAGAUCACAGGGAGAGAAGUCUUUGUACACAAGACCUCCUGGGAGUGAAUCCCCUAGUUUUGGAAGUGAUGAUGAAAUAAGUGAGUGUCUCAGUGAAAACUCUUUGUCUGUAGCUGAUAGCAUUCAUUCUGAAAGAUUGUUAGAACUCAAAUCACCAACAGAAUUUGUGAAAAAUAAAGAAUGUGGCAAUGUGGAGAAAGUUCCAGCUGAUGAUAGUGAUGAUUCAUCAUCUCAGGCUUCCAGUUUCAAAGCAUCAUCAGAAAAACAAGAAGAUAUUUUGCUAGGUUUCAGCAUAGGUGACAGAGUUCUUGUGAGUAAUGUCCAGCCUGGAACACUGAAAUUUAAGGGUCGGACAAAUUUUGCUAAAGGUUUUUGGGCUGGUGUAGAACUGGACGAACCUGAAGGAAAUAAUAAUGGCUCUUACAAUGGUAUUCAAUAUUUUGAUUGUAAAGAAAAACAUGGUAUUUUUGCCCCCUCACAAAAAAUCUCUCAUUUUCCAGAAAGUUUUGGUAAUGAGUUAGAUUCAAAUGAAAAUUCUUUCUUUAAUCGUGAACUAGAUAAUCAACACAAAACAAAUCAGAAAGGCUUAGAAUGUCUUGAAGAAGAAAAGAAUAAAAGAAAUUCAAAUGAGAAAUCUCCAAGAGAAUCAUCUGCCUUAAAAGGCUUAAUUGGAGCUGGAGAUUAUGUAAAAUUCAAUAAAUCAAGCGGCUAUGUGGCAGUUAUUAAUACUGUUGAUGAGUUUGAUCAGGAAACUGGUGGCUUUGACUCUCCCAAAUCCUCUAAAAAUGAUAAUGGUAUGUUACCUUCUGCCAUUUCUAAUAUCCACAAAGAAGAUUUUGCUAUUGAAGUAGGAGAGAUUUUGGAUAGCAGCUUUCCUGAGAAAUGGAAGCAGCAGUCUAUUUGGCAAGAGCAAAUAGAAAACAGAUUUUCUCCCACUAAUCUGGAGAAAUCUGCAACGCCACUUCUGGACUUGUUGACAAAAGAAAGAAGCCAACUGGAAGCCCAACUUAAAGUCCCAUCCCAAGAAAAGGAAGAUCUACGAGAUCGACAGGAAAGAGUUGGUUUGUUGGCUGACAGUCUCUUGCAAGGUUUUGUGAAAGACACAGUCAGUCAAUUUCAGCAAAUCAAAAAGGCAAGGAAUGAGAAAAUCCAUUUUAGCAAUCAAGAACUCGGUGCUGUCCAAGAAAAGAAGUUGGCAGCUAAUGAACAGCAGAGGUUUUUAGUCGUAUAUGAAUUGGAUGAUGGAGAAGAAGUGUCUUCCCCAGAUAUGUGUCCCAGACCAGAAAGUCCUGUAUUUGGUGCGAGUGGACAGGAAGAACUUGCCAAGAGGCUGGCAGAACUGGAACUUAGCCGGGAGUUUCUGAAUGUGUUAGGAGAUGACCAAGAUUGGUUUGAUGAGGAUUUUGGCCUGAGUUCACACACGCUCCCUCAAAACCAAGCUGAAGAAUCAGCAGUGUUACCUAAGAUAAAACUGCCAAAAGUGUCCCCAAAGCCUUUUGAAGAACCUUUGGCUGUGCCAUAUGUAGCAGAAGAGGUGGAGGAAUUGGUGCAUGCAGCAGCUGAGAAGCUAUGGAAAUGCAAAGAGUUGGGGCAUGAUCUUCAGGCCCUCAGCAACCCCAGAGACAUGAAUGAAUCCCCCCAAAAUGAUGACAUUGAAACCGUUAGUAAAGAAAUCUACAAACAGGCUGUGUUUGAUUUAACAAGAGAGAUUUUUGAAGAAAUCUUUGCAGAAGAUCCAAAUUUGAAUCAGCCGUUAUGGAUGAAACCCAGCAGAAUAAUUUCUGGAUACUUUCGACGAGUAAAAGAUCCAAGUGAUCUUGAAGAAAUAAAAGUGUUUAUAACAACUGAAGUUCUAAAGCUCUUAAAUUUGAGAAAGGAAUCAAAUAAUAAAACAGACUGGCAGAAAAUGAUGAAAUUUGGACGAAAAAAAAAGGAUAGAGUGGAUCACAUAUUGGUUCAAGAAUUGCAUGAAGAAGAGGCUCAAUGGGUGAACUAUGAUGAAGAUGAGUUGUAUGUGAAAAUGCAACUAGCAGAUGGCAUUUUUGAGGCCUUAAUUAGAGAGACUAUUGAUCUCCUCAAUCAGAUCACUGAAAAACAGAAAUUGUUGCUUGUCUAACAUCAAACCAUAUAUUUUUUUUCAAAAUGAUUUUCCCGGAGUACAGUAUGAUCUUGAGAUUGGCUAAGAAGUGACACAACGUCUCCUCUUCCUGUGCUGCCUUUGGAUCUCCUACACUGGAUUUGUUCCAAAAAGGCUCCCCCUUCCCCAACAUGCUUUUGCCAAUUCAGUAUGUACAAUAAUACUUGGCACUUGUUCUUUCAAUAUUGGCAGUUUUUAAAUGGUUGGGAUGGAGCACCAAAUACCCAACAAUGGAAACUCAAAUUAUUAGUAAACAUUCUUCAUUUU